UUUUAAAUUACUCAGUGACAUUUGGUGAAAUAGCCGUAUUUUAAAAUUUUAACAGCAUACACAUAUAUUGUCGCUUUGAUUAUUACGCAGUAUUACGACAAUAAUACUCAAGUACUAAUAAUAAAUAAUUCAAUCAAAUUUAUCCCUCACAAACUCUCGUAGUCUCGUAAUCAACUUUAACAAACAAGAAACUAAGCUAGAGUGGUAGAGACUAGAGACCCCCAAUAAAAAAUGAAAAUAGGAAAAACCCCCAAUCGUAGCGUGAAAAAGGCAGUAGCUUUGGAAGGAGAGAAAAUGAAGACCCGCCGCAAUCUGUGUAUCGAGGAUUACCAUCGCUAUUACAAAAAUCCACUCGCCACUCGUUUAACCAUCGUCCAACUCAAUCAGGUGUUCCAUAUGCACGGAUUCAUGAAAGUCGACAAGAAGCGUCAGAAGGUUCUGGAAGCAUUGGAUGGAUUUGAUCACACCAUGUUGAUGAACCCUAUUCGUUCUUCAUUAUCCGAUACUUCUUCAUCACCUCAUCUUCCUCUUUCCAUGGAUCAAGUCAACGAUGACCUUGACUCUCUUCGAUGGCGCGAUGAUCAUCACAAUGCUGCCUUUACACUUCAAUCUCUCAACUCUUUCUCCUUCUCUAAUGAUCAUACCCAGCUGCAGAUCACUACUUGUGGGAAGAGGAAGAGGAAGAGGAAGAGGCUCAGGAAGCCGAAGCCGAAGCCGAGGAAGGUGGUGUUUAACCCGGUUUAUAAGACGAAACCCAGGUCUAAGAAGAAUGUUCAGAAGAGAAAGAGUCUUGCUGAUUGGGGAGUUACUCACUGUACAUCCAUUAGCUCUUCUCUUUGUAAUCAGGGUUGUGCCUGCUAGCUGUUUGUUGAUAUGUCUGACUGAAAAUAUGAUGGUCAUGACUACUACUUGUUGCCCAAAUGAUUUAGGCCCGUUGUUUUAGCCGAGUAUUUAUACGUAUUAUAAAACCAAAAGCUUUUAGGAAUCAAGUAAGGGUAAGGCUGCUUACAAUUUCGAAUUUCUCUAUAUUUUUUUAUCAAGUAAUAUUUUGUAGACCGUUCUAUUACUUCUAUAGAAUUAUAAAAACUGG